AUGCUUGCUCUGCAACAAAACACAGCUGUCGCAGCAACAUCCCGCACACGACCGCACUACGGUAGCGAGCUGCUCCAGCGGCGACGACGUCGUGGCCGCUGCACCGAGCCGGACCUGCCAUCCGGUGCCGCCAGUACAUCGCAGAUCGACCGGCAGCAGCAGGACGGUAGCGAGCCGGCCAGCGGCGACGGCCAGCGGCUUGCCAUCCGGUGCCGCCAGUACAUCGAAAUGCUCGACCGGGGCCAGAUACAGCCGUACCGGUUCGUGCAGCAGGAGUGCACCUUUCUGUUUCACUUUCACUACGCCAAGCUGGACGAGUGCCUGCAGCAAAUCUGCCAGCUAUACCGUGCCUCCACGCUGCCGUCCUACGAACAGAACAGUAUGAUAGCGACGAUCGUGUACUCGCGGCACAGUCGCGUCAAGUUCAAUCCACUCUGGCUGAACAACCUGUACGAGCGGACGGUGGCGGACUUUCAGGUGGAGGAAAUCAAUCCGCUGGUCGUAAAUCCGGGCCGGCUGUUGGUCACCAACGCGUUCAUCUAUUUCCAGUACUACAACAACAUUAGCACGAAGCCCGUGCUGAAGGUGGCCAUCCGGCACAUUACCGGGCUGUCGAAGCAUCGGUAUCUGUUGCGGCAGAUCGGGCUGCGGAUCCGGUGGCAGGACGAGCAGCAGCAGCAGCCAACGGCGGCGGCGGGCGGUACCGACCAGUGCCUUUACCUCGUGUUUCGCAACCAGCCGGACCGGGACGACUGCUGGCGCUGCAUCGGCGAGCAGCCGGACUAUGCGGCCGCCGAGCAGAGCCCCGAAAGCAUGACGCUCAAGUGGCAGAACGGGCUCGUGUCCAACUACGACUACCUGCUCUACCUGAACGGGCUGGCCGACCGAUCGUUCCAGGAUCUUACGCAGUACCCGGUCUUCCCGUGGAUCGUCACCGACUACACCUCGCCGGAGCUGAACCUGGCCGAGCCGGGCGUGUACCGCGACCUGGCCAAACCGGUCGGCGCCCUCAACCCGGAACGGCUCGCCCGGCUCCGCAGCCGGUACGAGGAGAUGGGCGAGCCGAAGUUCCUGUACGGCUCGCACUACUCCACGCCCGGCUUUGUGCUGUACUAUCUCGUCCGCAAGCACCCGGAGCUGAUGCUGUGCCUGCAGAACGGCAAGUUCGACCACCCGGACCGGAUGUUCAACAGCGUGGCGGACGCGUACCACAACUGUCUGCACAACAUGUCCGACUUCAAGGAGCUGAUACCGGAGUUCUACGAUCCCGAGCAGGGCGGUGACUUCCUGCAGAACGGGCUGAAGAUUGACUUUGGCACGCGGUUCGACGGCACGCCGGUCGGGCACGUUGCGCUGCCGCCGUGGGCGCAAAACUCGCCCGCCCGGUUCGUGCGGCUGCUGCGCCAGGCGCUCGAGUCGGACUACGUCUCGGCCCGGCUGCACCACUGGAUCGAUCUGAUCUUCGGCUACCGGCAGCAGGGCCAGCCCGCCCUCGACGCGGACAACGUCUUCUACCAUCUCUGCUACGAAGGGUCGGUCGAUCUCGGGCAGAUCAACGAUCUGGCCGCCCGGCACGCGAUUGAGGUGCAGAUAUCGGAGUUUGGGCAGAUCCCGCGCCAGCUCUUCCGCACCGCGCACGUGUCGAAGCUGCUGGCCGUGCCGGGACCGGUCCGGCCGGCCGGCGGGCGGAUGGUGCUGCGGGCGCUCGGCGACUACUGCACGCACAAGGACGCGAUCACGGCGGUCGCGAUCGAUCGGGCGGUCGGGCACAUCUUCACCACCAGCAAGGACGGCACGAUGACGUGCUACAGUCUCGGCGAGCGGCGCAAGAUACGCAGCGUGCAGCUGAGCGAUCUGCCCAUCAGCUCCGUCCAGCUCGCGCCGGACCGCUCCAUCAUACUGGGCGGCUGGGACAACACCAUUUUUAUCUAUAAUUUUGACUUUGGCAAGAUUUCGAGCACCAUACGGGCGCACGAUGAUGCCGUCUCGUGCAUUUCCUACGUACCGUCCUACGGCCUGCUAGUGUCCGGGAGCUGGGACUGCAGUUUAAAAAUCUGGAACAACUACCACAACGACUCGGUCGUCGGCUACCACGUGCUGGAGGAGAAGGUCGUCUCGCUCGACACGUUCGCGGGCGAGCGCACCAUCCGGGUAGCGGUCGGGCUGCAGAGCGGCGAGCUGCUGCUGUACGAGCUGGACGGGCGCACCGUCCACCGGCCGACGUCGUACACGCGCGACAACCAGCAGCUGCUGCAGACGCACCGGGGCGCCGUCUGCGAGGUGCGGUUCAGCGCCAAGGGCACGCUGAUCGCGUCCGCCGGCGAGGACCGGCUGCUGUACGUGACGGACGCGGACAGCAGCAUGACGAUCUGCCGGAAGGAGCUGGCGGAAACGGUGCGCUGCCUCUGCUGGACAGCGGACGGCAAGUAUCUGCUGCUGGGCGACCGGACCGGCACGCUGCACGUCUGGAACAUGCUGCUGGGAGUGGUGGAGUCCGAGCUGACCCUGCACAGCGCCUGCGUGUAUCGUAUCGAGUGCAUUGACGAGAAGCGGAUUGUAAGCUGCGGCAAGGAUGACAAUAACUAUUGUGUCAAAUUGUGGGAUGUUGCCACGUAGCCAACAUUCAAUGUGAUAGGAAAUGCAGGAGAGAGGAAGUGUGUGGUCGGGACCACUGUGUCGGGGAGGGAGGAAUACUGCAUGCAAUACACUGUACUGAUGUAAAAGUGGGCGCGCUUUGUAUGCGUCGCCAGUAACUCGCAAUAAAUACGUACUAACGGUUUUUUUUUAAA